AUGAAAUUUCUAAUAUUUCUUUUUAUUGCAUUUCUGAAUUUUUCUUUAACCGAGAAAGCAACGAAGAAAAGUCUUCACGAUUACACCGAAGCCGAUUUGGAAAGAUUAUAUGAUGAAUGGGAGGAUAAUGAUGACGAAAAAUUGGACAAUGACGAGAAAGCGGAACACUUGAGGAAAAAGCCGAAAUUAGAUUUGGCGACGAUGAAAGAAAAGUCGGGUGGUGAUCCAGAAAAGUUGAUGAAGAUGUCGAAAAAGGGGGAAACGUUGAUGAUGUUUGUUGGAGUGAUCGACCCGGAGAAGCCACGAGAAACGGACAUUCGCCCAUUCACCGACAAAUGGACAUCCCUGUGGCAGACGAGUCUCUACAAUAAUCACAUUGAGGCACAGGUGUUCGUCGUUGACGCAAAUCGUGCGAUUUUCAUGUUCAAAGACGGCGCGCAAGCCUUCGACGCGAAAGCUUUUCUUUUAGAGCAAAAACAGGUUUACGAAGUAACCCUUGAGGGUCGACAAUUCGUGGGUGCUGGCGCGGAAUUUCGCGAAAAAGUCGAGCUU